AGUGAUCAUGUGAUCGCGUUAACUUUAGUUCGAACACACGCGGCUACGUGAAAUGCCGAACGCGAGUGGUACGUUUUUCACUACUUUCGUCUUCGUCGGUCGACGACGACGUUAGAUCCAACGACGAUAGAUACGUUCGAGACACGCGUGAAUGAAGGGACGAUUGACGAGAAAAUGAAAUUGCGUCACGACGAUCUGCUUACUUGACGUUUGUCAAUUCACAGUGAGGCUUCCACCCUCAUUUCCGACCAGCAGCGAUGCGGUGAGUUCGAGUUUUCUCCUCCUCGCGUUUUAUCAUCGUGGCACCGCUUCUCUCUUCUUUCCAGAUUGCCUAUCCAGACGUGAGUGCGAUUCUAAGCGGAAAGAUUUCUUCUACGAAAGGUUUCUUCCGACGAGGAAGAAUUUCGGUUAGAAUUUGCGAGGGUGCGAAAGACGGAAGAGGAAAAAGCAACCAGUUAAUUGCGCAUACGCUGAAAAAGUGAGGGGAGAAUAAUGGCGGGCGAGGACACGCAGAUCUUGUCGAACGGCAACGUGGAAGCGCUCACGAUCAUCCCGCCGAAGAUGACGAACGGGAACGGGUUGAUAUGUGGCGAUAAACAGCACAACAACAACGGUUCUAUACCGAAUGGAAAGUUGCAUGGCGGAAUCGGCGGUGCCGAAAACGGCACUUUGAUCGUCGAUGAAAGGUCGAGCAGUCUUCACACGGAGUUUGACGACGCUGACGUGUCUUGCGGAUGGGGUCCUUUCAGGCCUCGUUGGCUGCAGUACUUCGCCACGAAGCAAGCCUUCUUGGUGACCUUCUGUCUUACUUGGGUGCUGCAGGGCAUGUACUAUACGUAUUUUGUCUCCGUCAUCACGACAAUAGAGAAGCUCUUCCAAAUCCAAUCGAAGACAACGGGCAUUAUCAUGUCGGCCACGGAGAUCGGUCAGAUCGGGUCCUCUCUGUUACUGACAUACUAUGGCGGCCAAGGUCAUCGGCCCAAGUGGAUAGCCUGGGGCAUGAUCCUCUUCGCCGUGAGCUCGUUCACCUGCUCGAUACCCCACUUUAUCUUCGGCGAACAGCUGAUUCUUCAGAACGAGAUGCUGUUCAGCGGUGUCGAGCCUGGCGCCGAGGGCCGUGGGCCCAACAGCACCGACCCGAUACCGGCGAAUCUCUGCAGGUUCCAGGAAAGGAACGGCACGUUGGACGGGUGAGUGCUGCUGUCAUAACUCUCCUUCAGGUUAUCCUCUUCUAUUUCUAAAUUCUUAAUGAGUGACGCCUUCCGACGAUUCAUCAUAAUGAAGAGAGAUGUCUUCAUUAGCUUUUACCCUCGUGAUUAAGUAAUAGCUAACUCGACAGUCGUGAAUCAUCAAAAACAAAGAGAAUUAGGAUUUAUUAAUAGCA